GGCAACCACAGCAACCAUAGUUGGAAAAGCAACAUAUCCAGCAGUCUCAUGCCCUUUAGAGUCCACAGCGUCUGGAAAGGAAGCAGACAUUCAAGUCUUAAGAUCAUUGAAACGAAGUGUUUCAUAUGGGGCCUUCAGGGUGAGCUUUUCUGGGUCCAGAACAUAAGUGCAGUUCAGCAUUUCAAGACCAAGGGGAUCUACAGAAGCAAGAGCAAUUUAGACAGGAGAUGGCCAAGAAGUACAUUUCAGCGACGUUGAGUCAACCAGAGGUACAUAGCCAAGACUGCCAAUCCAUUUCUAAGGCACCCUAGGUACAAUCUGUUCGAGAGAUGCUUAAGAGCACUUCCCUCACCCAAGAGACCUACCUGGGAAGGCAGGAUCCACCAACUGAUGAACACGUAUUGAGUUCACCGAAGUCAAAAGGGCGAAGAAUAGAGGAAAUGACCUGUAGGUGCUGGAGGGCAUGGGGGAGAGAGUUAAAGAGGGACGAACUUCAGCAGACACGGACAUUAUGUCCUCUCCCUUCUGCCCCCAGUUACCUCCAGUCUGCACUGAACCAGCUUGAGGGUCUCCCACUGUCUCCUCUCUGCCUGUACGCCAUGACCGAAGACACCACCAAAUCAGCCAGGCAGAGGGGUGUGCUGCUCUGUGCUUUUAUAGCAGGAAGCAGGCCAUGAUCCCGCCCUCUCCCCACUGGAGACACCUGAAUCUUCUCCAGCCCUCCCAGCUGAGAGGAGGGGACUUGGGAAGGGAGAGCCUUUCUGGAAGGCCUGAAAUAAGUGGAGUUCUGCGCUUUCUGACACUUGCCUUGCUGUUCCACCAGCUGCUCUGCGGGCCAGCCAUGAAACCAGAGUUCCCUGAAACUGGCUCCAGGUGAAUGAAUUGGUGCUUUUUUUCUUUAACACUGGGAAAAAUUAGGAUCUUUUGGACAAAAUCUUUACAGCUCAAAUGCACAGUGAAAGAAUGUGGUGGGAUUUUUUUGAGGAAAGAACAUCUCUUAUUCACGCUAUCUUUAAGUAAACCUUUCCUUUAAGUUACUCCUGGUCUCCUGGCUAUUGUGGACACCAUCCUGGCAAUGUGCAUGAAGAAGUACCUUUGAAAAAAAUGGAUGAAGCAUUAUUUUCCCCCAAGAAUAGAUUUUAAGCUUACUUCAAAAAAUGUCGACAAUUACAGAAGGAUAUGGAGAAAAGGAAAAAGUCAUCCACAUUUUACCACUGCUAAUACUUAGCCAGUCUAUAUUUUUUGGUUGGAGCAUUUAAUCCAUUUACAUCAAGAUGGCGGAGUAGAAGGAUUUGGAUCUCACCUCCUCCCACAAAUACAUCUACAAAUGGAACAGUUCUCACAGAACACCUGCUGAACACUAGCAGAAGACCUCAAAAACCUGAAAAGACAAGAAAGAUCUCCAUGUAACCAGGUGGAAGUUUAAGUUAAGGAUUUGAGAUCUUCUUUUCUAACACAGGCAUUAAAAACUGCAAAUUUCCCACAUGACCAAUAUUACAUUCAGGACUUGUUAAAGGACAGAAAAAAAAACAGUGCCUCAAAACAUUCAAGAUGAACACAGCAGUCCUCGGUAUUCAAUGUCAUGGCUAUUCCAGAAAGAAAAGGUCUAAGUUCAGUGCUGUGAACCUUUCUGGCUGCCUUCCAUGGAGGGAGGUUGGAAUGAGCCUUGCCCUGGGCUGACACUCUUCCUUGUCACUUAUUAACAAGCUUCGUGGGAAGGCUGCUUCACUGACAUCCUGCUCUGCCUGGAGAGUGAUAUUUGACAAAGCUUUGGUGAGCAGAAGAAAUGUCCACUCGCUACCACCAAGCUGCUAGUGAUAGCUACCUGGAACUUCUGAAAGAGGCCACCAAGAGAGAUCUGAAUCUUUCUGAUGAAGAUGGCAUGACUCCCACACUCCUGGCAGCCUACCAUGGGAACCUGGAAGCCCUAGAAAUAAUCUGCAGCAGAGGAGGGGAUCCUGAUAGAUGUGACAUCUGGGGAAAUACUCCUUUACAUUAUGCAGCCUCCAAUGGUCAUGCCCACUGUGUCUCAUUUCUGAUCAACUUUGGAGCCAACAUCUUUGCCCUGGACAACGAUUUACAGUCUCCACUGGACGCUGCUGCCAGCAGAGAGCAGAGUGAAUGUGUUGGUCUCUUGGAUAAUGCUGCCACCGCCCAGAACAUCAUGAACCCCAAGAAGGUCACCAGGCUGAAGGAGCAGGCUCAGAAGAAUGCCAGGAGGCAGAUCAAAGAGUGUGAGAGGCUCCAGGAGAAGCACCAAAAUAAGAUGGCCCGCACCUACAACAAGGAGGAAUCUGGGACUCUUUCUUCUUCCAAGGGCACUUUCUCCAGGUCAUCCCUUUCCAAUGUUUCUGCUUCCAACACAUUUGGGUCACUGUCUAAGGGCAUUAAAGACACCUUUAAAUUAAAGUUCAAGAAGAACAAAGAUACAGCAGAGCCGUUAGGGAAGGAGAGAACAAGUGGGCCGAAGAAUGUGAUGGAAGUGUUCAGAGAGGAGGACGAAGACCCCUUCUCAGGGGACUUCAAAGAGAAGCUCCAGUUCUCAGUAAAGGCGGACAGCUGUGUGCAACACGAAUCCAUUCUCAACCGUCCAGGUCUAGGAAAUGUUGUUUUUAGAAGGAACAGAAUAUUGAGCCCUGAAGACAUCUCAGACAGCAAGAGGGAGUUGGGGUUGAAAAUGCCCAGUGAAUUGCUUCAGAGACAAGGAGGACCUGAGGCUGAUGAAGAGGGAGCGGAAAACCACCAUGAAGAUGAUCUGCCUUGGGAUGAGGAUGAAGUGGAAUGGGAGGAAGAUGUGGUUGAUGCUACUCCCCUGGAAGUGUUCUUGCAGUCCCACUACCUGGAAGAAUUCCUUCCUAUUUUCAUGAGAGAGCAGAUUGAUCUGGAAGCUCUGCUGCUUUGCUCUGAUGAGGACCUUCAGAGCAUACAGAUGCAGCUGGGUCCCAGGAAGAAAGUCCUUAGUGCCAUAAACAGAAGGAAGCAGGUGCUACAACAGCCUGGGCAGUUGGUCGACACCAGCCUCUGAUGGAGUGUUGGGUCAACUGGGUGAGUCUGCAGCAGUGGCGUGAUGCAGGUGUGGUGAGUCUGCAGGUGUGGCCCACUGGAAACAUUUCAGGCAUUACCCACUCUCUACCCAGUACCAGACUACUGGGUUUCUAGGGUUUUGGAGGUGUCCAUCUAAGAGGCCCAAAUUCUACUCUGAGAAAUACUCUAUACCUGUCCACAUAAACCGCUAAUGAGAAACUCAAGGAGACCUGGGAAUAAGAAAAUGACAUUUCUCUUCAAUUAUCUUUUUGAUAUUUUUGAAUACAGAAAGGAUUAAAUGGAUGACAGAGAAGGGAAAAAACUUUCUUCACUUUCCUAACUCUGGAUUUAAAAUUAUAAUCUCUCAUCACAUUAGCUGCUGCUUAAUUUCUGAUCCUCAUAGCUAGGGAUUCGAACUCCAGUUCUGUCCUUAGCUCUAUGACUUUACCUGUUGGUGGAGACUAAAGUUCCUCCAUUGGCCCGUGGCGUGAUGCCCAACUUAAACGUGUCUAACCCUUCAACAGAUGUUUACAUGUUUACAAGUAAUAGAAAUGGGUCUAUAGUACUCCUGCCUGGGAACAGAGAGAGGAUGGCAGGUAGAGAGAGAGAAGAAAGAAACGGAAUGUAGGGUACCUGUAUGGACUGAAUUUGCUCCCUCCAAACUUCUUAUGUUGAAACCGUAAUCCCUAGUGUGACUGUAUUUGAAGAUAUGACCUUUAUUAAAGAGCUGAUUAAGGUUAAAUGAGGUCAUAAAGGUGAGGCCCUAAUUCCAUAUGACUGUUGUCCUUUGAAGAGGUAGAGACACUGGAGAUGUGCACACACACAGAAUAGGCUAUGUGAAGACACAGCAAGAAGGCAGCCAUCUGAAAGCCAAGGAGGAAAGCCUCAGGAGAAAUCAAACCUUCUAUCACCUUGAUCUUGGACUUCCAGCCUCCAGAGCUAUAAGAAAAUAAAUUUCUGUUGUUUAAGCCACACAGUCUGUGGUAUUUUGUUACGGCAGCCCUAGCAGACUAAUACAGUGCUUAAGCAAGAGAGUCAGGGAGGAGAGAAAGAAGGAUACAGAAAAGAACUCUGGCUUGUUAGAUGAUGUUUCCUAAGGGUAAGUGCCUCCUGAAACUUAAAAAAAAAAAAGGAAAAAGAAAUCUAGGUUCUCUGUAGGGAAAAUUCAAUUGUAAAAGUAAAUUUUACUUUUUAUGCUUAUUAUAUACAUAUCUUUUAUUUACUGUUGUCUAUCACCAUUUCUGCACGUCUGAAUACAUGUAGGUUCUACAAUAUAAACUGUCAACACUAAUACUGCUGCUGAUGUUAUUUAAAUGGAAAUCCCAAAUUUAAGUUGAAACCCCACUUGAAUAGCUAAGCUUCACUGGAUUUUUAUAGCCAGCCUUGCAUUAAAUGGAAUUUACCACUGAUUAUGUGUAUAAUAUAGAAAAAGCUUCAGCAUGCUUCCUGAUUCACAGCUGUCUGUGUUACUUUAAGAGGCACCAUGGAGGAUACAGAUGCUUAAAUUUGAUGAACAACUGGCACAUUCUUCCUCAAUGAAUGGAUCGAAAAGGUU